AUGGCCAUUGAGGCGCCCACGCAGGCUCCUCAGCAGCAGCGGCAGAAGACACGGGAGCAGCAGAGACAGCCGCCGUGCGCGAAAGCAGCCUACCACCCGUCCGAGGGCUGGCGGACGCAGCCGCAUCACCUUAGCAAGGAGCAGCUGUGGGAGAGGAUCCGGCAGGAGUGCAAGCGUGAUGCGGAUGACGAGCCCACCCUGGCCAGCUUCCUUUACAGCAGCAUCCUGGCCCACAAGAGCUUGGAGCAGGCGCUGGCCUUUGUCCUGGCCAACAAGCUGGCCAGCCCCACCCUCUACAGCACCCAGCUCAAGCAGAUUGCGGAGGACGUGUACAGGGAGGACCCCUCGGUCAUGGAGGCGGCCAUGGCGGACCUGCACGCCGUGCUGGACCGCGACCCGGCCUGCGACCGCUACACCCAGGCGCUGCUGCACUUCAAGGGCUACCAGGCCGUGCAGUCGCACCGCAUCGCGCACCACCUGUGGCUCCGCGGGCGGCGCGCACUUGCGCUGAUGCUGCAGUCGCGGAUCAGCGAGGCGUUCCACGUCGACAUCCAUCCCGCGGCGCGGGUCGGGCGCGGCAUACUGCUCGACCACGCGACGGGCGUGGUCAUCGGCGAGACCGCCGCCAUCGGGGACAACGUGUCGAUGCUGCACCACGUCACACUGGGCGGCAGCGGCAUCGGCAGUGGCGUGCGCCACCCGCAGGUCGGGCACGGCGUGCUGCUGGGCGCGGGCGUCACCGUGCUGGGGCCGGUGACGCUGGGCCCUGGCGCCAAGGUGGGCGCGGGCAGCGUCGUGGUGACAGACCUGGAGCCGCACAGCGUCGCCGUCGGCGUGCCGGCGCGCGUCAUCAAGCGCGCCGCGGAGUCUGAGCCCUGCGAUGAUAUGGACCAGAUCGGGUUUCUGCUGGACUAUGUGAUCUGA